UCGAACAGCUGUUCGAUGUCAUUCCGCAACUGACAAAGAGAACGAAAUUAAAAUUAAUUACUCCAUUGUUAUAAUUGUAACAUCAAAUAAUUGUGCAGUGUGAAGUACCUCAUUGAAAAAAAUGUGCAACAAAACACAUUUGUGAAAAACAAAAACAGUGUCCUUGACACUUGCGGCGUAUAAAAAUUGAAGAGCAAUAUUUACAAUUUUCCUUCAUUUACACAAAAUUAUUCAAAAUUAAAAUGUACGUCAUAAACGUAAUGCUGAAUCAUCUCUGUACUUAAUUCCUCAGUAAAUUCAUUAGUGCUUUGUAUUUCGAUGCAAUAGACAACUUUUUUCAUAAACUUAACCUCACUCAAGAAACAUGAUGAUGAAAGAAUGAUCUCGAAAAUAAAGAGAAAUAAACUAAUUCAUGUCAGGAACAUGAACUCGAAAGAAUUGAAGGAUUAUUCUUGAAAUUUGACUAAAGUGUAUCCGAGUUUAAAAAUUUGAAUGACUCGGAUUUUCGCAUUUAAUUUGACAGCUGAUAAAUUGUCAGUGUAAAGAAAUUUUGACGAUGUCUUCUGACGAUGAUUUUGAGAGACCCUUCGAGGACAUUGAACCUCCAGAAUGGGCUGCUUUGAGGGAAAUAUGCCAGGCAAAUGUGAAAUAUUUUGCUGCAGAGCAAGACGAUGGAAGUAUCAGGAUAAAAAGUGCUUUAAUUGCUUGUUUGGAUUACCUGGGUCAAUUGUAUCCUUGUUAUCAAGAAAUUGGCAAAAUUGCCCCACAGUUCGAUUUUGAUUCAAAAACACCGGGUAAUGGAUACAGAAGUUUUUUGGUUUUAGUCGACAAGUGUAUUUUAUACACUGAAAAUGUUUGUCAUCGAAUGUAUCGACAGAAGGAUUAUUUAUUUUUCUCCAAAAGUUUUCACACCAAAGAAAUUGAGACGUGCUCGCAACUUUUUGCCUCGUUAUUUACUUUGUUGCAACACUUACAAACUCUCUACUCCUGGAGUAUAGCGAAUGAAAAUAAAGAACCGUCUUUAUUUGCCUCGGAAGAUCAUGGUCCACAGGAACUUUUAAAUCAAGCAGAAGCUGUCAAUCAGUAUUGUUUCUAUGGCAGAUCUAUAGGAUUUCAGUUUUGCAGCAGCAUGCAAGUUAUAUUGAGAACAAUAUCGAUUUGCAUGGCGGCAUUUAGCGAGUCGUUUUUCUCAAAAGGAAAUAUGUUGGAAAGAUGGGGCAAUUCUCUGAAAUAUGUAUCGGAUCCAGAAGCAAAGGCACGCUGUCUAGUUAAUAUAUCUCAAAAUGCAGAUAUUUCCUUUUGCAAAGCUUUUUGGCUACUCAACGAAUCGGGCAUAGCGCAGAUUUAUCCAUCCAUUGUAAUGCCUACAUUAGUCAUUAACCAAAUAAUUUCCAUACCACCUGAGGAAAUAAAUCUGAUUACUUUGGAAAAUGAAACAAUUUCUAUUCCCAUUCCAACAAGUCACAUUGGGAAGAAACCGAUUCACGUCAGGUUGAUGAGUGCCAAGCGAAGAAUAGGAAUGGUAGGAUCAGGAAGCGCUGGAGGCCGAUUAGAAAAUCAAUCAGAAAUUCUUGUGAUACACUGUCACGGAGGUGGAUUCGUAUCGCAAAGUUCCAAAUCACAUGAAGUUUAUUUACGCAAUUGGGCUGUGAGUUUAGAUGUGCCAAUUUUAAGUAUCGAUUACAGUUUAGCUCCCGAGGCUCCAUUUCCUCGGGCUCUGGAGGAAAUCCUCUACACUUACGCUUGGGUGUUGAAUCACUCCAGCACUUUACUAGGCAGCACUGCUCAAAAAAUCAUCUUUAUAGGAGAUUCGGCCGGUGCUAAUUUAAUAUUAGGAACGACCCUCAAAUGUUUUGAAUUAAAUAUUCGAAGACCCAACGGAAUAUUUAUGGCGUAUGUGCCUGUUUGGGUGGAAUUUAUUCCAUCGCCAGCUCGUCUUCUAUGUCUCACGGAUCCUUUAUUACCAUUUGGUUUUAUGAUGAGAUGCCUGAAAGCGUACGCUUUGGGAAAUACAAAGAAAUCUCAAAUGGAAACUGAUGAAAACGAAGAAAGUUCAAAAUCAGACACCGAAUCGUUUGCCGAAGUCAGUGAAAGUGAUUUAAUUGCUCUGGCUUUGAGUCCUAAUGGUGAUGAAGAUGAGCCUAAACUUGCAUCUCUACCUUCGGAUUCAACAUUGAAUUCUGUCAGUCUGGCCGAUGUGGAUGGUGCACAAGCUUCAGAACUUCCAGAAGAAAAAGCAAAGUCUCAAGAGUAUAUACAAAAGUUUCUGAACUUGUAUAAAAAUUCCAAUUUACGUACAUCUUUUCCCAUGUUGAAUGGAAGCAAAGGAAAAGACAGUGAAGGAUCCACUAGUUCUAAAUCGUGGUCUCUCUUUGGAUGGAGUUCUAAAAAAAGUGACGACGAUAAAAUGGAAAAUAGUGACGAGAGAAGUCCUCUCGAUGAAUUUGUAUUCAGCGUUCCUCGACAUCCACUCUUGAGUCCUUACCUCGCUUCUGAAAGUGUUCUCAGUAAAUUUCCACCUGUUAAGAUACUGACAGUUGAAUUCGAUCCUUGCCUUGACGACUGUGUAAUGUUUGCUAAGAAACUUCUGAAGCUUGGAAAUUCCAUCACACUCGAUAUUCUACCCGGCCUACCUCAUGGAUUUUUAAAUUUAUCCUUGAUCUCUAAAGAAGCAGCAGAUGGUUCAGAAUUAUGUGUAAAACGAAUACAGGAACUGAUUUCAAUGGCUCAAGGAAGCGCUUAAUUGAAUGUUAAAAUUCUCUAUUAUUGACAAGUCCAUCCACAUGAAUUGAUAAAUGUGCAAUUUCUUAUUAUCCAAUUUUAAAAAGAAAAAGGUCCAUAUGUUUCUAUAAUGAAUUUUAAUUUAUCUGCUGUUUCAUAAGCAACAAUUUUAAAUGCACGUGAGUCCAAUUUAACAAUAUUCACACAGUUUAUAUACUAUUGAAAAAAACAGAUGUAAAUAUUUUAAUAUCUACAAGUUUUUCUCCGAUAAUUUUUUACAACAGAUGCAGACAUUCAUUUUAUUUAUUUAUUUAUUUGCAAAUAUAUAAUAUGCAUUAAUUUUUAUAACUAAAUCCAUGAAUUUUAUGAAUUUUAUGAAUUAUAUUGUAUACAUUAAAAGUAUUUUUUAAAUGAGAGAAGAGGCAUUAAUACUAAUAGUUUUUUACGUAAAGUGCAAAUUCUCCGAAAGAGGCUCAAGAAUCUUUUUUUUUCGAGGUAAUGUAUACGACGAUCACCUGGACUUUGUUGCUUUAGAAUAAUUUUUAAUUUGAAAAUUUAGUCAUUAUUGACAAAUUUAAAUACAUAACUCUACUAAUAUUUAUAUAAAUAAGGAAUAUUUAAAAUAUGUUGUAUGAAUGUAUAUUUUGUUGAUAUUAUUUUGUGUAUUAUGUAUGUAUUUCUAAAAGUGCAGAAUUAUUUUAUAAUAAUUACUGCUCUUUUUAUUGUUUUUAUUUAAUUUAUUUAAUGUGAAUGAAUAUUUUUAUAUUGUUUAUUCGAUAUUAUUUUUUAUCUGUGAUGACUUAAGCUCUCUGCAGCAUUAUUAUGAAUAUUUAUAUUAUACUUCAGUAAUUGGUGACUUGUAUUUAAUCGACUUCUUGAAUAACAAAUGAAAAUUAUAAAGAUUUGUUGUGAAAUAAAAAUCUGAUUUAUCUUCUA